AGUAGCUCUACACCCACCAGUAGCAUAUCUACACCCACCAGCACCACCUCCAUACCCACCACUAGCAGCUCUGAAACUACAAGUACCAACCAGCCCUACACCCGCCAUGAAUGGCUCUACAACCAUUCAACACCUACAAGUAGCAGCUCUACACCCACCAGUAGCACAUCUACACCCACCAGCAGCAGCUCCAUAAUCACCACUAGCCGCUCAACACCCACCAGUGGCAGCUCUACACCCACCACUAGCACUCCCAUACCAACAAGUACCAGCACUGCGCACACCACUAGCAGCUCUUGCCACCUCUACACUAACAACCACAGCUCAACACCCACCAGCAGCGGCUCUGCAACCUCCAGUAGCACCCCCACACCAACAAGUACCAGCUCUGUGCACACCACUAGCACCUCUGCAACAACCGGUAGUAGCCUCUACAUCCAGCGCCACCUCUCCAAUAACAACCACGAGCAGUUCAACGCCUACAAGGAGCAGCUCUACACCCACCAUGCUACCUCUACACUAACAACCAGUGGCACUUCAACGCCUACAAGUAGCAGCUCUACACCCACCAGUAGCGCAUCUACACCCACCAGCAGCAGCUCCAUAAUCACCACUAGCCGCUCCACACCCACCAGUGGCAGCUCUACACCCACCACUAGCACUCCCAUACCAACAAGCACCAGCUCUGUGCACACCACUAGCAGCUCUGCAACAACCGAUAGUAGCUCUACAUCCAGCACCAUCUCUACACCCACCAGCACCACCUCCAUACCCACCACUAGCAGAUCUGAAACUGCAAGUAGCACCUCUACACCCACCAGUAGUAGCUCCACAUCCAGCGCCACCUCUCCAAUAACAACCACUAGCAGUUCAACUCCUACAAGUAGUAGCUCUACACCCACCAGUAGCAUAUCUACACCCACCACCACCACCUCCAUACCCACCACUAGCGGCUCUGAAACUACAAGUACCAACACUCCACACACCACUAGUAGCUCUACACACACCACUGCCACUACACCCACCGCUAGCAGCUCUGAAACUACAAGUAGCAGCCCUGCACCCACCACUACUGGCUCCACAACCAGUGCCACCUCUACACUAACAACCAGUGGCAGUAGCACCUCUACACCCACCAGUAGUAGCUCUACAUCCAGCGCCACCUCUCCAAUAACAACCACUAGCAGCUCAACACCCACCAGCAGCGGCUCUGCAACCUCCAGUAGCACUCCCACACCAACAAGUACCAGCUCUGUGCACACCACUAGCACCUCUGCAACAACCGGUAGUAGCUCUACACCCACCAGUAGCAUAUCUACACCCACCAGCACCACCUCCAUACCCACCACUAGCAGCUCUGAAACUACAAGUACCAACAUUCCACACACCACUAGUAGCUCUACACACACCACUGCCACUACACCCACCCCUAGCAGCUCUGAAACUACAAGUAGCCGCCCUACACCCACCACUACUGGCUCUACAACCAGUGCCACCUCUACACUAACAACCAGUAGCGCUUCAACGCCUACAAGUAGCAGCUCUACCCCCACCAGUAGCGCAUCUACACCCACCAGCAGCAGCUCCAUAAUCACCACUAGCCGCUCCACACCCACCAGUGGCAGCUCUACACCCACCACUAGCACUCCCAUACCAACAAGCACCAGCUCUGUCAGCUCAACACCCACCAGCAGCGGCUCUGCAACCUCCAGUAGCACUCCCACACCAACAAGUACCAGCUCUACUAGCAGCUCUGAAACUGCAAGUAGCAGCUCUACACCCACCAGUAGUAGCUCUACAUCCAGCGCCACCUCUCCAAUAACAACCAUGAGCAGUUCAACGCCUACAAGUAGCAGCUCUACACCCACCAGCUCUACAACCAGUGCCACCUCUACACUAACAACCAGCGGCACUUCAACGCCUACAAGUAGUAGCUCUACAUCCAGCGCCACCUCUCCAAUAACAACCACGAGCAGUUCAACGCCUACAAGGAGCAGCUCUACACCCACCAGCAGCAGCUCCAUAAUCACCACCAGCAGCCACCCCCACACCAACACUGCCACCUCUACACUAACAACCAGUGGCACAUCAAUGCCUACAAGUAGCAGCUCUACACCCACCAGUAGCGCAUCUACACCCACCAGCAGCAGCUCCAUAAUCACCACUAGCCGCUCAACACCCACCAGUGGCAGCUCUACACCCACCACUAGCACUCCCAUACCAACAAGCACCAGCUCUCGCCACCUCUCCAAUAACAACCACGAGCAGUUCAACGCCUACAAGGAGCAGCUCUACACCCACCACAGCUCUACACCCACCAGCAGCCGCUCCACAAUCACCACUAGCAGCUCAACACCCACCAGUAGUAGCUCUGCAACCACCACUAGCACUCCCAUACCAACAAGUACCAGCACUGCGCACACCACUAGCAGCUCUGCAACAACUGGUAGUAGCUCUACAUCCAGCACCAUCUCUACUCCCACCAGCACCACCUCCAUAUCCACCACUAGCAGCUCUGAAACUGCAAGUAGCACCUCUACACCCACCAGUAGUAGCUCCACAUCCAGCGCCACCUCUCCCAUAACAACCACUAGCAGUUCAACUCCUACAAGUAAUAGCUCUACACCCACCAGUAGCAUAUCUACACCCACCAGCACCACCUCCAUACUCACCACUAGCAGCUCUGAAACUACAAGUACCAACACUCCACACACCACUAGUAGCUCUACACACACCACUGCCACUACACCCACCGCUAGCAGCUCUGAAACUACAAGUAGCACCUCUACACCCACCAGUAGUAGCUCUACAUCCAGCGCCACCUCUCCAAUAACAUCCACUAGCAGUUCAACUCCUACAAGUAGUACCUCUACACCCACCAGUAGCAUAUCUACACCCACCAGCACCACAUCCAUAUCCACCCCUAGCAGCUCUGAAACUACAAGUAGCACCCCUACACCCACCACUUCUGGCCCUACAACCAGUGCCACCUCUGCACUAACAACCAGUAGCGCUUCAGCGCCUACAAGUAGCAGCUCUACACCCACCAGUAGCGCAUCUACACCCACCAGCAGCAGCUCCAUAAUCACCACUAGCCGCUCAACACCCACCAGUGGCAGCUCUACACCCACCACUAGCACUCCCAUACCAACAAGCACCAGCACUGUGCACACCACUAGCAGCUCUGCAACAACUGAUAGUAGCUCUACAUCCAGCACCAUCUCUACACCCACCAGCACCACCUCCAUACCCACCACUAGCAGCUCUGAAACUACAAGUACCAACACUCCACACACCACUAGUAGCUCUACACACACCAUUGCCACUACAUCCACCGCUAGCAGCUCUGAAACUACAAGUAGCAGCCCUACACCCACCACUACUGGCUCUACAAGCAGUGCCACCUCUACACUAACAACCAGUGGCACUUCAACGCCUACAAGUAGCAGCUCUACACCCACCAGUAGCGCAUCUACACCCACCAGCACCAGCUCCAUAAUCACCACGAGCAGCUCAACACCCACCAGCAGUGGCUCUGCAACCUCCAGUAGCACCCCCACACCAACAAUUACCAGCUCUGUGCACACCACUAGCAGCUCUGCAACAAUCGGUAGUAGCUCUACACCCACCAGUAGCAUAUCUACACCCACCAGCACCACCUCCAUACCCACCACUAGCAGCUCUGAAACUGCAAGUAGCACCUCUACACCCGCCAGUAGUAGCUCUACAUCCAGCACCACCUCUCCAAUAACAACCACUAGCAGUUCAACACCUACAAGUAGUAGCUCUACACCCACCAGUAGCACAUCUACACCCACCAGCACCACCUCCAUACCCACCACUAGCGGCUCUGAAACUACAAGUAGCCGCCCUACACCCACCACUACUGGCUCCACAACCAGUGCCACCUCUACACUAACAACCAGUGGCACUUCAACGCCUACAAGUAGCAGCUCUACACCCACCAGUAGCGCAUCUACACCCACCAGCAGCAGCUCCAUAAUCACCACUAGCCGCUCCACACCCACCAGUGGCAGCUCUACACCCACCACUAGCACUCCCAUACCAACAAGUACCAGCACUGCGCACACCACUAGCAGCUCUGCAACAACCGGUAGUAGCUCUACAUCCAGCACCAUCUCUCACCUCUACACCCUCCAAACUACACCCACCAGCAGCACCUCCACACUCACCAGUACCAGCUCUACACCUUCAAGUAGCAGCUCUGCACUCACCACUGCUAUCUCUACACAUACAAGUAGCAGCACUACACUCACCACCAGCACUACUCCCACCACUACUGCCUCUACACCCACCCAGAGUAGCUCUACUCCCACCACUACCAGCUCUACACUCACCUCCAUCUCUACACCAUCCACUAGCAGCUCAACGCCCAUCACUAGUAGCUCUACACCCACAAGUAGCAGCUCUUCCCUCACCACCACUUUUGCACCUACAAGCAGCAGUUCUGCAGCAAUCACGAGUAGUUCUACACCCACCAGUAGCAGCUCUACAUCCGCCACCAUUACUACAACCACCAGUAGUCCCUCUGCAGACACCAGUAGCAGUUCUACACCAUCAAGUAGCAGCUCUACAAGUUCCAGCUCUACACCCACCAGCCAUGGCUCUACACCCAUCACCGACAGUACGUUCACGACUGAGAUCUCUACACCUGCAAGUAGCAGCUCUACGACCACCAUGUCUACACCUACAAGUAGCAGCUCAACACCCACCACCACCUCUACACCCACCAGCAGCAGCUCCACAGUCACCAGUAGCAUCUCUACGCCUACAAGCAGCAGCACUAGACCCAGCACCAUCUCUACUCCUUCCAGUAGCACCUCUACAACCACCAGCAGCUCUACUGCCACCACUGUCUCUACUCCUACCAGUAGCAGCUCUACACCCACCAGUAGCAGUUCUACAUCCUUGACCGUCACGCCAAGUUCCGCCGGGACCUCCACCACCACUCCUGACACCACCCCCACCACGCCUAGGACCACCACCACCACCUCUAGAACCACCACCACCCUCCGUACAACAACCAGCACCACCCUUACAACGACAACAACCGCCACCACCACCACUCCCCACUCAACCACCACCCCAGGGACCUGCGAGAACGGUGGCACCUGGAUCAACGGCCACUGCCAGUGUCCCCCCGGCUUCACAGGGGACAGGUGUGAGGAAGUCAGAAACACCAUCGAAACCAAUGCCGAGACCAAUGGGACGGUGGAAGUGGAGCUGCGGGUCACCAACAGGAACUUCACCAAGGACCUCGAGGACAACACCUCACCCGCCUACACUGAGUUCGUCCAGGACUUCACCAACCAGAUGGAUGCAGUCUACGCUGACAUCGAGGGGUACAGGGGCAUCAAGGUGCACCGUCUCAGGCCCGGCAGCGUGGUGGUGGAUCACUCUGUCAUCGUGUCCCUGCUGGUGACCAACCAGAGCCAGGACAAGCUCCAGAACAUCACAGCCAAGGUGCAGGAGAAAAUCGAGGUGGCGGCGACGCAGUUCAACUGCACCAAUGGUGACUUGUGCUUCAACGCCUCUGAGGUGUUGGUCACCAACACCCCGCUGGAAUUUGAUGAAGAUGCCUACUGCCAGAGCCAAGUGCCCGAGGGCUACCAGGAAUUCUUCUUUCCCAACCUGACAAGCUUCGGGUUGUCCUGCAUGUCCAACUGCACGCCGAACACCGCCGGCACCAUCAACUGCAACCGGGGGACGUGCCACAUCACCCGCAGAGGUCCUCAGUGCUUCUGUGAUGACACCCAUCUGUACUGGUACCAAGAUGACCGCUGCACAUCACGGGUCAGCAAACUGGCCGUGGGCCUGGGCUUGGCCGUGGCCAUCUUGGUCACUGUGGUCAUCGUCCUCUCCAUCUUCCUCUUCCGAGCUCGCAGAUCUGAGUCAUAUGAUAGGACCGAACAGCAGAUGAUGGAGAGGUGGUACCAGGACACCAGUGAGGAGUGGAACCUCCAAGGAAACUUCACCUUCCAGAAACGAGAUGCCCAGCUCAAGGAUGACCAUCCAGUCAACCUCGACGCCAUGGACACAUCAGUGCCGGUGAGUUCCCCCUGUCCUCCCACCACAGUGGGACUGGGGCACUGGGGACACCCCGAAUCUUUCUGA